AUGCCUCGAUCGGUGCCUCAAGUCAGCUCCGCCUCGCGUGAGCUGGACGAGGGCGACCCUGAACCGACCGGCCCAACCUCCCGCACCGCGCCCCCGUCUCCGACAGCCUACCGUCGAGCCCAAAGCUACCUUUCCGAACCACACACCGGCUACCAGUCCCUAGAAUCACAUAUCGAAAUCGGUGAAACGACCAGUCUCCUCGGCGCGGAGGCUCAGCGUCGAGUCCCGCGGCGAUCAUACACAAGUACCUCUGGCGUGUCGGGUCCGGACUCGUUGCGGUAUCUGCUGACGGCAGGCAGCCUCCGCCGCACCGCGCAUCACAGCCGGACCAACUCGCAGGGUAAGCGGUUUAGCCGGCGAGGGAGCCUUGGCGAUGAAGGAGGUCGGCCGGCGAGUCUGCCACCAUCGACCAAGGAUGGGUUGACCGCCUCGUCAUUCCUCGAUGAGCGUACCUGGUACGACCAGUUUACCUCGACCGAUUGGGUACACGACAGUAUUGCCGAUGGAGCACGUCUGCGACAGCUUCGACAGCGCAAGGAUAUCCGCGGGAGACUCCUGGCUUGGUUUGACGGCGCACAGGGAUGGGUAUUGGUUGCGGUGAUCGGAUGCAUUACCGCGGCGAUUGCCUACUUUGUGGAUAUUACAGAGGACGCGAUAUUUGAUAUGAAGAUGGGAUACUGUGCACAUGAGCUGUUUGCGAGCAGGAGCCAGUGCUGCGGUGAAGGCGUUAUUUGCACCAACUGGCGGUCGUGGUCCCAGAUCUUCCGCCCAUCCAGCACGGGGAACGAAUGGGUCGACUAUGCUCUUUUUGUUGCCUGGGUGGUGGUCCUUGCUUUGAUCUCAUGCGCUCUGACCAUGCUCACCAAGACGGUCGUCCCGUCGUCGAUUUCGUUGGCCACUCUGGACGAGAAUCUAGGUGCCGAGGCGCGUGGCACGAAGCGUGGAACUGGCACUGGUGGCUCGGGCUCGCCGAGUUCGCAAACCAGUCCACAUGGAACGUUCCCUAAUCGCCCGUCCCGCCCGGCAAUGACUUAUUACUCCGCUGCGGGCAGUGGAGUUGCCGAAGUAAAGGUGAUUAACAGUGGAUUCGUGCUUCACGGAUACUUGGGCUUGAAGACCCUGGUGGUCAAGACGAUCGCUUUGAUUUUCAGCGUUUCGUCCGGUCUGAGCCUAGGCAAGGAAGGCCCUUACGUGCACAUUGCCACUUGUGUCGGCAAUAUCUGCUGUCGACUGUUUGCGAAAUACCACCAGAACGAUGGUAAGCGACGAGAAGUGCUGAGUGCAAGUGCAGCCAGUGGUGUUGCCGUUGCGUUUGGUGCGCCCAUUGGUGGUGUGCUCUUCAGUCUGGAGGAAGUCAGCUACUAUUUCCCACCCAAGACCCUGUUCCGAACAUUCUUUUGCUGUAUUGCGGCUGCGCUCUCCUUGAAAUUCCUCAACCCGUACGGAACGGGCAAGAUUGUUCUGUUCCAGGUCCGUUAUAACACGGACUGGGAGAUCUUUGAAAUCAUCAUCUUCGUUUUCCUGGGCAUACUCGGUGGCGCCCUCGGGGCCCUUUUCAUCAAAGCCUCGAGCUGGUGGGCGCGCACAUUCCGUCGCAUCCCGGCUAUCAAGCGAUGGCCAAUGCUGGAGGUGUUCCUCGUCGCAGUGCUCACGGGUUUGGUCAGCUUCUGGAACCGAUACACCAAGUUGCCCGUUACGGAACUGCUCUUUGAGCUCGCCAGCCCAUGUGAAGGAGAGUCGCGGUCGAGCACGGGACUUUGCCCUCGUGAAGAUGGCAUUGUUGAGAUCAUUCAAUACCUUCUGGUGGCAUUCGUGAUCAAGAGUCUAUUGACCGUUGUCACAUUCGGCAUCAAAGUUCCUGCCGGUAUCUAUGUGCCAUCCAUGGUCGUUGGUGGUCUCAUGGGCCGAAUUGUUGGGCAUGCCGUGCAAUACUGGGUUGCGAAGAACCCUACCUUUUUCCUCUUCGAUGCAUGCCCCAACGUUGCGGGAAUGGAAUCUUGCAUCACACCGGGCGUUUAUGCAAUGGUCGCAGCCGGAGCUACAAUGUGCGGUGUCACCCGAUUGUCCGUCACCCUCGCCGUCAUCCUAUUCGAAUUGACCGGCAGUUUGGACCAUGUACUACCAUUCUCACUAUCCGUUUUGUGUGCCAAAUGGACUGCGGAUGCGAUUGAACCGCGAAGUAUCUACGACCUACUUACCGACAUGAACUCCUACCCCUUCCUCGACAGCAAGCUGCAGCCUCUGUCCGAUGCCGAGCUAGGCGACAUCGUCCGCCCGCCUCACAAGGGCCGCAUCAUCGAUAUUUCCAACUCCCCCUUCGUGGCUGCUUCUGACUUGCGCACGAAAUUGGAGUACCUCCUAAUGGCCGGCGAGUUGGACAGUGGCCUGCCCAUCCUCCGUGAUGGCAUCUUGGCCGGUCUUAUUCCCGCACCGGAUCUCGAGUUUGCGCUCGAUACACUCGGUGACGAUGAGGAUAACACUAUCUGCCUGAUGGCGAUAGAUGCGUCCGUUGCUAUCUACGAUAACGAGACCGAAGGUGCAGUGCAAGAGGACUUUACCCGGUUUAUUGAUCCAGCACCCAUCUCUCUCGAUGUUCAUUCCCCCAUUGAUCUCGUCUACCAGUGUUUUGCCAAGUUGGGCCUGCGGUAUCUCUGCGUGUUGCAGAAUGGCCACUAUGCGGGCUUGGUGCAUAAGAAGGCCUUUGUGAAGUUUAUGAAGGAGAACGAGAAGGCAUAG